AUGUCUGUUUCUAUUCGUCGUACUAUUUCUUUACGUAAAACUAUACUUUCAGUACUUUUACUAUAUUUUGUAAAAACCGUUCCAGCUAGUCAGCAAAACAAAACGCUCCACCAUGUUCGAAGAGCUAGCGAAGACGACAGCUUCUUUAAAAAUCAUAAACAGGGUUCUUACCGCUCCUAUGAGCCGGUCUCUAUAAAAUAUCAUAAGACCACUUAUCCCAAAACCGAUGAUCGAAGCGACUACGAUAUAACAUCAUACGACACUGAAUAUGGUGAAGUAGUGUCUAACUUUACGUCUUCCAUUUAUGAUGACAAUCCCCCUUUGUAUCCUAAUCCCGAAGACUUUUCUAAAAAUUUAGUGAAUAAAAUGGAUGUCAAAGCUGAAAACGAAGUGGAAUUGCCGGAUGAUUCACUGGCAGAUGCUGAUCUUAAGGAGCACAACAUUAUCGACAGUGUUACAUACCUUUACGGAUUCAACAACUGUCAUGGACCAAGGAACGAAUGGAUAAUACUGGGUGUC